AUGAACACUAGAGUCAACCCGACGAACACUAGAGCCGAUGUGAUGAACACUGAAGCCGACCUAACGAACACUAGAGCCAACCAGAUAGCCGGAAACGCGGCAGUGAUUCCCGAAUUCCUCACUCAUAACAGAACGAUGAUGGAGACACUACUAGCAAAGUCGACGGAGUAG